AUGAUCGUGGUGCGAAGCAUAUAUUGCGAAGUGGAUUCCGUGUCUCUCGUGAUGUAUCUCGCGGUUGCCAGGCUGGUUCUGAAGCUACUGGUGCCAAGCAACAUGAGUUCCAAGAUGAAUUCCGUGGCCCUCGUGAAGUUUCUCACGAUUGUCGGGCUGUUCCUGAAGCGUCUGGUGGUGCAAGGGACGUAUUGCGAGAUGAACUCCAUGACCCUCUUGCAGUUUCUCUCGUCCGUCGGGCUGGUCCCCAAGCUGCUGCGGUUGGUCCGCAUGUAUUUCGAGAUGCAGAUCCGGAUGACGACCCUGACUAUUCUCUGCAUCGGGUGGUGGCAUCGUGGGAUUGGUGCAGAAGCCUGA